AUGGCGACGUCUCCAAAACUCACCCACGUCUUCACCCUCAACAUGACCGGUCCCGCUGGGUUUCCGCACGUUGAAACAAAACACUCGGAUCUGUGUGUCGCUCACGUGACGGAAGGCACCCUCGAACUCCCCGACGGCCAAAAGAUCGCCAAAGUGGUCACGGCGUCGGACUGGAUGAGGAUCAAAGGGAACAUCGUGUCCAUCGACGCGCGGGCCAGUGCUCUCUCGGACGACGGUUCGCUGAACAUGGAGUUUGCCUACACCGGAAAGAUGCACGUGACGCCAGACGUCUUCAAGACCUUUUCAGGAGAAGAAAAGUGCGAGGUGGACUUUGGUCAGCUGUACUAUUACACUAUCCCGAGGAUCUUCUCCCGGAGUGAGGAAUAUGCCUGGGUUAACGACACUGUUUUUGUGGGGCAAGGGAAGAUUGGUGUGAAGGAGAUGGGGAAGGUCACUAUCUCGUAUCAGAUAUUCCGCGUAGGCUGA